GUGGUUGUGAAAGCGAAUGAAUAUACCCGGGACCAUGGUCUGCGUCAAUCUUCCACAUAUGAAGGCAUGUGGAGCGCGCCACUACGCGUAUGUCUGAUGCGAUAUUAUUACCGUGGCUGGCUGGGUGAAGGGAUGGGCUUGUGGCCGUAUGGAGUCCUGAACCUCGACCAUUUCCAGACUGCCGAAGACUCCAGGGAGCGCGAGAAGCAUAGCCCGGGUCGCAAGUUCAUUCCUCUCUCCGAGCGAGACACGCAGGUCUCUGCCAGACUUGAGAGCACCUCGAACAUCACUGGUCACUCUUGAUUCAAUGUCGCCGAAGCAUGUGGUGCAGAAGGCGUCGUCCGUCUUCCCGAUUGCUGGUGCUCGCAACGUGGUGCAAAUCAAGGAGAGCAUCCGCCUUCAAGUAUUCAAUUGACGAAUGAGGAUUUUGACGAAUUCGACUGUGCCUGCGAGUUUGAUCAUGGCUUCCACCACAUGCUUCUCCAAGGU